AUGGCGGACGAAGAAGAACGGUUCACCUUCCAGUUUGUCCCAAACAAAACUUUUCCAGGUUUUGAGUCCUCUGACGUUAAAGAACACUUCUUGAAAUGGUAAAAAUGCUGGUGCACGAUAUAAAGAUUCUUUUGUAUUGUUUAUUUGUCACAAAAUAAUGGCGUCAGAGAAAUUCGUUUUUUUAAGACCAUUCAUAAUUUCAUCUAUCUCGUUUUUCAGGGGAAUGAUAUUGAGAACUACAGUUCAAAUGUUUUCCUAUGAUCAGUUAUUCCAAGCUUACCAGAAAGACAAAUUUGUGUUGGUGAGUUGCGCUGGUGAGAAUUUGUCUCAGUACUAGUAAGGCAUUUGCACCGUUAGUAUCAAUUGAAGUCUACAUGCUAAAAUUUUCACCAUCUAAAUCAUAAUUGCGCCAAAAUUUGUAUCGUAAUAUUCCACUGCAAUUCGACAAUAAGAAACGUAUGCAGAGGCCUUCGAAUUCCAUUAUUUAUACAUUACCAUUACAAAAAGAAAAGCUUGACUGGUAAUAGUGUGGCUUGACACUCUAUUGGUUAUUGGUGUACAAAAAAUUUAUCAGGGAGUUUUAGAUCCAUGUUUGUUACUGAAUACGUGUGAAUGCAAAUGUCUAGACUCCAGCAGUCAUGCUCACUGUGUGCUGUCCACAUUUAUAAAAUAAUUCAAAUAGUACGUGCUCUCUGAUUGGCCAUAAAAAACCAUUUUAUAUGAGCAUAUGUAAACACGGUUUUCGUUCCCCUUAUUAGUUAUUGUAUAAAAGAAAUGUAAAAUGGUUUCCGUGUUUACAUAGCCUGAUGUAAACACUUUGCGUCAUGGUUUCCUACGCUUAUCUCGUGUUCUCCCAACCUGCUGCGUGUUUACAUCAGGCUAUGUAGACACGGAAACCAUUUUACAUUUCUUCAUUGAACUUCAGGCGAGGCAGUGUCAGGUACUUCAACUCCCUCAAUGCUUCUUUUCUUCCUGUUCGAAGAUUCUCAUGUAUGUCCUAUAAAUAUAUGUGAGGUGAAGUCUUUUCUUUAUAACCAGCCCUAUCAGAAUGCUAGGAAACCAGUCUUUUAACCACAUUUUGUGUUUGAAAUGAAGGACUUUCAUUCUUUGUAUAAUUCAAGAUGGCAGCGCACAUGUUGACUUUUUUCAGGUGAAAGGUAACAUAGAUCUAAAAAGCUGAAAGUCUCCAAACUUCUAACUUCUAACCACAAACUACUGACCACAGUUUCACGUUAGAGGCAAACACACUAAAUGUGUAUCUAAAACUCUCUAUUAACUCUCAGCAUCCUAAUGUCAGUCUGUAUAUUCUCCAUACUGUUCUCUAUACAUUUUCUUAGGUGCUGGCAAUGAGAUUUAUAUAACAAUCAAGAGAUUCAUUAGUUGGUGAUCAUUUCUGUUAUUCUCGUGACCUUAAUGUCUGUUUCAGAGGGGAUAUUGUAAAGAGAAAUUAAAUGCUAGCCACUCUUGGGGAAAAAGGGUUAGAAAGGACAUUGAGAUACCACUUUCAUUUAUUUAUGGUUUUUAUUUGUCUAGUUGUUGUUUCAAAUAUUAUAAUUAAAAGCUUGAAAAUGUUCCAAAACUUCAAUAGGACUUUUUUCAAGAUCCUGCAGUUGUAUCAAGUCUACAGGUUAGUCACUUUGUCACAACUCUAAAAGACCCGGUCACAUUGACUAGGAAAGGGGAGAAGUAAUUUUUUCAUGUUGGGCAGAAACUUUUUGAGAAGUGAAGCUGUCAUAUGUUUAACAGCUAAUUAUCAAGAAUUUUGUCUUUGAUUAUGUGUGAAUCUUUUGUGGUUAGUCAGAAAAUAAAAAGAAACAUCCAAUACCUACGGUCAAAUUUUAUCUCUACAAUCUAAAAAAAACGUUGUUUUAAACAUUUUACAGUAAUGUUUUGCAUAAAAAUCCUCAUGAAUUACUUGUAUUUAAAUGUAGUAACCUGAUUAAUUUUUUUUCUUGUAGAUGUAGUUAUUUAUAUGUUUUUUAUCUGUUUUUCCUUUUUGCAUAAUGGUUUAAUUUAAAUUUAUUACUUGUUACCAUUUAGGUUGUUUCCUCCUCCAAUUCAUGGGGACCUCUUGGUGAGCAGUAGCUUUAACACAGAUCAUUUCACCAUGAAACAAACAGAAAUGCUUUCCUAAAUAUUAUGUGGUUUAUAUAAACUUUUCUUGCUUUAUAAUUAACCCUUUAACUGCUGAAGGUGACAAACAUGUAACUUCUCCUUAAAGGGUUACCAGUUACCUCGCCACCAGGGAGACUUGCCACCAGCGAACUUGCCACCAAGGAACGAUCUUGCCACCAACGUACUCGCCACCAAGCGAAGUCUUCUCGCCACCAACCACCAAUAAAGAGAUAAACUAGAAUAAAGUAGUCGAGGAGAGUAGGAUGUUCGAACGAGCACAAUUCAAAUCGGCCGAUACGUUUGUGCACUUGUCUGUAUUUAAAUUAUGACCUUCAGCGACGUGUUAGAUGUGUUCCGUUCCUAACUCAUUGACAUCAAAACGUAUCGUGUUUGUCUUUUGCACGUAAGCAAGGAGAAAUUGCAAAACUCGAUGCGAGGAAUAAAAACUUACUUCGGUUUCGAACGUGCUAUGGACAACAUACAUUUAUAAAGUUUGAGUACAGACAAGCAAACAAACUUAUCGGUUUCGAACGUGCUUUCGACAACAUACGUUUAUAAAGUUUGAGUACAGACAAGCGAACAAACUUAUCAGCCGAACAUCCUACUCUCCUCGACUAAUCUCUUUAUUGGUGGUUGGUGGCGAGAAGACUUCGCUUGGUGGCGAGUACGUUGGUGGCGAGAUCGUUCCUUGGUGGCGAGUCUGCUUGGUGGUGAGGUAACUGGAUACCCCUUAAAGUAUCUAUACAUCAUCCAGCAAACAGGUAGUGAGGAUUUUCAUUCUUAUCAGGGAGAAGUUGUUAUCUUGAUUCUUGAUUACACACCAAAUUCUAGUCGUAUGAUACAAGGGAAUGUGUAGCAGGUAGUGGGGAGAAUUUACAAUCAGAACUUGGGAGUUAAAGGCUUAAUGUACUUUAAGAGAAUAUGUGUUCCACUUGACUCAACAUCAGUCUUAAACAGUUCUAGCAACAGUGAUGAUAAGAGAAGUCUCACUGUGGUUUGUCUCAUUUGAUUUUCUGUUUUAUUUUUCUCCUCUUUGUUUUACACUUCUAGUUACAUGCUUUAAAAACAAAGGAGAAAACUUUGGAUGUAAAUGUUUGUGUAUAUUACUGGGGGAAAAAAAUGGAUGAAAACUCAGCAUAAAGAUUAGCCAUCUCUAAGUUUAUGUUAUGACCAGCAGUCUUUUUUUUCUUGCUGCAGGUAUCAGACCAUCAUCUGUCACAGCAGAAAUUGUCUCUUGUGCAGUCACAUCAAUGGACUUCUUUGACAGGCUACAAGAACAAGGUGAAGGUCUUUUUUUUUUCAAGUAAUCAAAAAGGAAUUUCUCCUUACGAAAUCAAGGGUUGAUGAGAAAAAAGAUGAAAAUAUGAAAUAUGGAAUACUGUUUAUUUAAGCACUAAAAUCAGCCAAAAUUAUAAGAAACAAAUAGAGGAAAGUGCAGAAAAUUGAUAUUUAUAUCUCAGAAGUACAAUUGUGAAAAAGGUAUUUUUAUAGAGUACACUCUACAUGCAUUAGGUUUUGUUUGAUUACUUUGAAACUAAGAGUGAGCAUUAUUUUAAUUCAAAAGGUAUUGUGAGAGAAUCAGGAAACAUCAAAAAAUGUUUUGAUGAGUAUUUCGAAGACUAUGUUAUUUCUGAUGAACUUAGAAAGGUAAGAAGUAUAUGCCCAGUAAACUUCUUCCAAGCCAAGUACAUGUGACUGUGUAGUUUGAGGAGAAUUGACCUUCGCUGGCUAUCGCAGGUCCAAGCUGAGCUGACAUUGUCCGGUCAGAAUAUUAAAAAAAAUCAGUUGUAGUAUCUUCUAUUCCACUCUGGUUACUGAACAUUAGCAAAAGAGUGGGUGGAACAAAACACAUGCUUGUAAGCUCGUUUCCAUUGAUCAAGAGGCUGGAACCAUACAGGCUGCAGUUGCAGUCACUGAUAGUACUUUUCACCAUGACUCCUACAUGUUACUUGGCGCUGAAUGGAACACUUUAUCCUGGUUUCAAAUAAUUUGCCAUUGUACAUGGAAGCUAUCAGCACCUGUAACAUACACUAUAAACAUCUAAUUUUCUUGUACCUUACUCCUAGAGUUCUGCGGGAGCGUUUCCAUCAAUUUUGUUUUUCACUGAAUUUUUCUUUGAUAUGCACAACAGACUAUGCCAAAAAGGAGGGACUGCUCGUUGUCCACCUGUAUCAUGACAGAGAACUAACUAAUAAGUACUUUUAGGCAACUUUUCUCUGUUGGCAAGGAUGAAACACUUUGUAACUUUGUAGCUCAUGUGUGACCCCUUUUCUGUCUCCCCGUCAUUUUUUCCUUUGUUUAACACUUAAUUUUAAUUUUUGUAUCACUCUUGUAAUUUUUCUUUGUUGCAAAUGAGAUACAUGCAUAAAAAAAGAUAAAUGAAUAAAUGAUUGGAUAUAAAGAAAUAGAUAACAAUAAAGACUUGCUGGCUUUGACUCACCAGGUUUUACUUCUGGAAGAAGCUGAAACAUAUCCAAUAUUUAGCGAUGCCGAUAGAAAUGAAUUCAUUUUCCUGAUUUUCAAGCAUCUCUGUCUUGGUGGGCAAGUUUGUCAAGUAAGUCUACUUAGGUAUCUCUAUGACGAAAAAUCCUGAUGUUUUAGGAUGGAAGGCAAACUAGUCGUGAAUGAAAUUGUUAGCCCAUUUCAGGCAGUCAGUUAGGGCCUAGUAACAGCUCAGAGUAUUGAAAAGAAGAAGCUUGGGUCCAGUCAUGUUAUGGUCCCAAACCACCCUCUCUAUCUUCGCUCCUCCUCUCUUUCUGUUUCCAGCUCAUUUACCACGUUCUGCUUUAUAACUGAGGGUCUGGAGUAGGCUCUCAACAGCAUCAUUUGCCAAACCAGUUCCUUCUAUUUUUUAAUCUUUUGAGUUUUCUAACACUGUUGAGCAUAAAGAGAACAAAAACAACCAUAAAAAGACUCAAAGCAAAUUACACCUUUCACUUCGCAAAUUCAUUUACAAUUUUUUUCUGUAGUAAGUUGACCUCUACUUUAUGACCACUUUAUAACUAGAUUUUGAAAAUAGAUGUAUAAAGGCGAAAAUCGGGAAGGUCAGGCCGUGAGCCCUCUGGGAAGUGCAAUUUUAUUGCAUGUAGAAUGUUUUUCUACAUGCUGGUUUUGUUGCAUACAUUAAAUUAACUUUGAGUCUUAUGGCCUUUCUUUUAGUAUGAGGAUGACAUAAAUCCUUACCUUGAAACGACUAAGAUAAUUUACAAAGAUCUUUUAAGGUAAUGGUGAAUCAUUGUUCAAUUUUUAAUGCGUGUGGGUAAACGUUCGGCGUAAUGCGUGGAGUUUGAAGAGGAUGUUAUCUGAACAGACAGGCUUUGAUUAAAAAGUUUGGAAAACCCCCAGUAACAGGUUGAAAUCUCCUAACAAUGCUUUUUUUCUUUUGUAAAAUAGUAAUUAUUUUUGUUUCACCUUUGAGGUAUGUUUGUUGAACCCUUUAGAUCCCAACGUUAGUAUGUAUAUUCUCCAUACUGUUCUCUAAACAUUUCCUAAAGCUGACAAGGAGAAUUUGUUUAACAAUCAAGAGCUUAUUUAAGGGGUGAUCAUUUCCAUUAUUCUCGUGACCUUAGUGUGUAAUUUAGGGGCGAUAUUGUAAGGAGGAAUCAGAUGCUAGUGCACAAUUAAUUUUCUGUCUCCUUGCCUCCUUUCGCAGUGUACACAAAGACCCAACCACAAAAAAGCUUCAAGUGGGCUCAGUUGUGCUGAAAGUUUCCGCACAGGUAUUUCAUGAUGUUUUAUUGAACUUAAUGGACAGGUAUUGAAAGCUGUAGAUUGUGGCUCGAGUUCUGUUCUGAGAGAAAAACAAAAUUAGAUCGUGAGAAAGGUAGGGGUUUUUCAUCGUGAAGUUAUUUGUGUUGGGUCGAUUGUCUCACAAAGUUGUCACCUCCGACGUGGAUCGCGUUAUAUCUUCUCUUUCUGUUUUCUGUCGGACUACAGGACGAAGACGGUUCGCAAGUAUAUCCUUCACUUACGCCACACGAUCAGUCCUUUGCCUAUAUGUGUAUCAACCCUCUAAAGCGACACGUUUACGUCUGGUGUCACUCAUGGUGAUGAAAUCCACCUUAGUAGAAGCUACGCGUUAACAUUUGAAGUUAGGCCCCUAACGCUUUGAAGACGACGGGAGAUGAGUUAUUUAUUGCCAUGUGAACGCAAGGACAGGAACGCUCUUACGGCUUUGGUCCAGUUCACCGUCCAGAGCGCGAACGAAACGGCUACGCACUCACUCCGCCCUUGUUCUCGCGCCUUUGUUUGAACCAAGCUCAAGAGAGCGCUUACACCAGACUAGUUUCCUACCGGUUUAAGAUACGAGAGGCUGCGUUUAGUGUUCACAUUUACCCAAGCUAACCGUACCAAAGCCGUUCAAAAACUAGAACUCCAAUAGCGAGGCCGAAUUUUUAGGUGGUAGGGUCAAGAAUUUAACCGGUAAGGUGUCAGGACCAGGAUCGUCUACUUUUUAGCAAAAUAGAGAUGUGGUUGCAUGGACAUGCCAGUUUAAAUUUAGUAAAGAAGCAUUCAGCAUAUGAGAAAUCAGUAAAACCACUGACAGUCGCUCUGACGAGGGGCCAACGCUCGAAACGUCGACUUUAGAAACUCUUUUCGGUGGCAAAUUUACGUUAUCAACUCAGUUGAUAAAACCAAAUUAUAUGACAAUUUAUUCAGCCUGCUCCGUCAGACCCGUGUGAACAGAGUGAUUACAUGUACAGUGAACAGUUCCUUGUGAUCAAAAUGCAUGGUUAACUUCUUCACCCGACAUGAAAUCCGUUCGGUACUGCAAAAAGACAGCACGGUAAUUUUAUGUUUAGAUUAAAUAAAGUAUGUGAGACUUUUGAUCUCUUGUUAGCUAUUUGGAUCCCUAAACGUGGUGGUAGCAGAGCUAAUUUGCAACAGGAGUGGUAGUGCAUCGGAGCGCGGAAUCCGAAGGUCUGAGGUUCGAUUCCUCAUGGGGACUCAGAAUUUUGUUUAUUGUCCCACGCUCGUGUCAAGACGAAAAACAUAUUUCCCUGAGAUUACAAUCUGCUCUCGAAAACCUAUCUUUCACGCCUCCUAAAUGUGUAUAUUUACGAGCCUUGGUGGAAGCGAAUCGCAAUCCAACAUUGUGUUUUGUUCCGAUAUGAUCUUACGUCAACUCGCUUUGUAGCAUCUCUCCCUUUGCCAUCUUUUAGAGCCAUGUGAAGACAC